AUGGCAACCGGCGAGGAGCACGUGGCGGCGGCGGCGGCGGUCGAGGAGACGCCGGAGAAGAAGGAUCCCAGCACAACCGAGCUCCCCGCGCCCUCAGGCUGGACGAAGAAGCUUGCCCCAACUCGAGGUGGACGAUUUGAGGUUAUUUUUGUUUCCCCAACUGGUGAGGAAAUUAAGAGCAAGAGACAGCUGACCCAGUACCUGAAAGCUCAUCCUGGAGGCCCUGCAUCUUCAGAGUUUGAUUGGGGAACCAGUGAUACUCCCAGACGCUCAGCACGCUUAAGCGAGAAGGUCAAGGCAACUGAGAGCCCAGAGGGUGAGAAGACCCCUAAACGGGGAAGAUCAAGCUCUAAGAGGGGCAAAAAGCAGGAAAAAGAAGAUGCAGAGGAUGCUAAUGAGGCUGGAGAAGAUGGUGCUUCGGAGGAAGGUAAAGGUACCGAUGUGGAGAUGAAAGAUGCUGACAAUGCUGAAGAUGAGAAGAAAGAGGCCCCAAGUGCAGAUGCAGCAGAGAAGACUGAGGAAGGUGAAGAUAAGAAAGAGGAGGCCCCAAGUGCUGAUGCAGCAGAGAAGACUGAGGAAGGUGAAGAUAAGAAAGAGGAGGCCCCUGCUGUAGAUGCAGCAGAGAAGACUGAUGAGAAAGAGGUGGCCCCUGCUGUAGAUGCAGCUGAGAAGACUGAACAAAGUACUGAAGGCCAAGCACAGCCUAAUAAUGUUGCUGCCCCAGAAUCUGAGAAUAAAGAGGACGGAAAGCCAGCUGAGUCCGAAUCAGCUCCCCCUGCAAUUGUUGAUGAAGAGAAGAAAGAGAAGACCGAGAACGGUCAGGCAGCUGAACCUGCGGUGCCGUCCCUGGCAUCUUCAGAGGGAGAGAAGAAAGAGAAUGGAGGUGCCACUGAACCAGCAGCCCCGCUUGUGGCUGAGACAAAGGCAGAUGCUCCUCCAGCCGUGGCAGAAAAGGAGGCUGAGAAUUCAGGCCAGGUGAACACCGCCCCCCAAGAACCGACGGCAGCGAACUGCGACAACAAGGGGCAGAUCCAACCUGGUGCCUCUGCUGUGAGGUGCACAUAA